AUGCCUCUUUCAAGUUUUUCAGUUUUUCGAUAUUCAAAUUGGCUUGAUAAGUUGUAUAUGUUGCUGGGGACUCUGGCCGCCGUCAUCCACGGAGCUGCACUCCCUCUCAUGAUGCUGGUUUUUGGAGAUAUGACAGAUAGCUUUGCAGACAUGGGAAAUCAAAACAUGAGCCUUUUGCUACCAAAUGAAAGUUAUGGAAACUCUACCUUUAAUCCCUUCGAAAAUCUGGAAGAAGAGAUGACCAGAUAUGCCUAUUAUUACAGUGGAAUUGGUGCUGGUGUGCUUGUUGCUGCCUAUAUUCAGGUUUCAUUUUGGUGCCUGGCAGCUGGAAGACAAGUACACAGAAUUAGAAAACAAUUUUUUCACGCCAUUAUGCGACAGGAGAUAGGCUGGUUUGAUGUGCAUGAUGUGGGAGAACUUAACACCCGGCUUAUAGAUGAUGUCUCCAAAAUUAAUGAAGGAAUUGGUGAUAAAAUUGGAAUGUUCUUUCAGUCUAUAGCAGCAUUUUGCACUGGUUUCAUAGUAGGAUUCACUCGUGGUUGGGAGCUGACCCUUGUGAUUCUGGCCAUCAGUCCUGUUCUCGGGCUAUCAGCUGCUGUCUGGGCAAAGAUUUUAUCUUCAUUUACGGACAAAGAACUCUUGGCAUAUGCAAAAGCUGGAGCAGUAGCUGAAGAGGUUUUAGCAGCAAUUAGAACUGUGAUUGCAUUUGGAGGACAAAAGAAAGAACUGGAAAGGUACAACAAAAAUUUAGAGGAAGCUAAAAGAAUUGGGAUAAAGAAAGCUAUUACAGCUAACAUUUCUAUUGGUGCUGCUUUCCUGUUGAUCUAUGCGUCCUAUGCACUGGCUUUCUGGUAUGGGACCACAUUGGUCCUCUCAGAAAAAUAUUCUAUUGGGAAAGUACUUACUGUUUUCUUUUCUGUACUGAUUGGAGCUUUCAGUAUUGGGCAGGCAUCGCCAAGCAUCGAAGCAUUUGCAAACGCAAGAGGAGCAGCUUAUGAAGUCUUCAGGAUCAUUGAUAAUGAGCCAGGCAUUGACAGCUAUUCAGAAAAUGGACACAAACCAGAUAAUAUUAAAGGAAAUUUGGAGUUCAGAAAUGUUCACUUUAGUUACCCAUCUCGAAAAGAAGUUAAGAUCUUGAAGGGUCUCAACCUGAAGGUUCAGAGUGGACAGACAGUGGCCCUGGUUGGCAACAGUGGCUGUGGGAAAAGUACCACAGUUCAGCUGAUGCAGAGGCUCUAUGACCCCACAGAAGGAACGGUCAGUAUCGAUGGCCAGGACAUUAGGACUAUUAAUGUGAGAUAUCUGCGGGAAAUUACUGGUGUAGUGAGUCAGGAACCUGUGUUAUUUGCCACCACUAUAGCUGAAAACAUUCGCUAUGGCCGUGAAGAUGUCACCAUGGAUGAAAUUGAGAAAGCUGUCAAAGAAGCCAAUGCCUAUAACUUUAUCAUGAAACUGCCUCAGAAAUUUGACACGUUGGUUGGGGAAAGAGGGGCCCAGCUCAGUGGAGGACAGAAACAGAGAAUUGCCAUUGCAAGAGCACUAAUCCGAAACCCCAAAAUCCUUCUCCUGGAUGAGGCCACGUCAGCUUUGGACACAGAAAGUGAAGCUGUGGUUCAGGAGGCCCUUGAUAAGGCUAGAGAAGGGCGAACCACGAUUGUGAUAGCACAUCGUUUGUCUACGGUCCGAAAUGCUGAUGUCAUCGCUGGUUUUGACGACGGGGUCAUUGUGGAGAAAGGAAAUCAUGAUGAGCUCAUGAAAGAGAAAGGCAUUUAUUUCAAACUUGUCACUAUGCAGACAAAAGGAAAUGAAAUUGAAGAAGAAAGUACAACUAGUGACUCUGAAAGUGAUGCCUUGGAAAUGUCUCCAAAAGACUCAGAAUCUAGUCUCCUUAGAAGAAAAUCAACUCGCAAGAGUGUCCGUUCUCCACAAACCCAAGAUGGAAACCUUAAUACAACUGAAGAGGGCCUGGAUGAAAGUGUACCCCCAGUUUCCUUUUGGAGAAUCAUGAAGCUCAAUACAACAGAAUGGCCUUACUUUGUGGUUGGUAUCAUCUGUGCCAUUAUUAAUGGAGGUCUGCAACCAGCAUUUUCAGUAAUAUUUUCAAGGAUUAUUGGGCUUUUUACAGAACCUGGUACUAAUGAAGAAAAACGGCGCCAAAGUGAUUUGUUUUCACUAUUAUUUCUAGCCCUUGGCAUUAUUUCUUUCAUUACAUUUUUCCUUCAGGGCUUCACUUUUGGCAAAGCUGGAGAGAUCCUCACCAAACGACUCCGAUACAUGGUUUUCAAGUCCAUGCUGAGACAGGAUGUGAGUUGGUUUGAUGACCCUAAAAACACCACAGGAGCACUGACCACCAGACUUGCCAAUGAUGCUGCUCAAGUGAAAGGGGCUACCGGUUCCAGGCUUGCUGUAAUUGCCCAGAAUAUAGCAAACCUUGGGACAGGCAUUAUUAUAUCCUUAAUCUACGGCUGGCAACUAACCCUUUUACUUCUGGCAGUUGUGCCCCUCAUUGCCAUUGCAGGAGUUAUUGAAAUGAAAAUGUUGUCUGGACAAGCGCUGAAAGACAAAAAAGAGCUUGAAGGUGCUGGGAAGAUUGCCACUGAAGCAAUAGAAAACUUCCGAACUGUUGUUUCUCUGACUCGGGAGCAAAAGUUUGAAUAUAUGUAUGCACACAAUUUGCAGGUACCAUACAGAAACUCUUUGAGGAAAGCACAAGUCUUUGGCAUCACGUUUUCCAUCACUCAGGCUAUCAUGUACUUCUCCUAUGCUGCCUGCUUCCGAUUUGGCGCCUAUUUGGUGUCUCGCCAGAUCAUGCCAUUUCAGGAUGUUCUUUUGGUAUUUUCCGCUAUUGUCUUUGGUGCUAUGGCAGUUGGGCAAGUCAGUUCCUUCGCUCCUGAUUAUGCCAAAGCCAAAGUCUCUGCAUCCCACAUCAUCAAAAUCAUUGAGCAAGUCCCCCUGAUUGACAGCUACAGCACAGGCGGCCUGAAGCCAGAUAAAUUGGAAGGAAACGUGACAUUCAAUGAAGUUGUAUUCAACUACCCUACGCGGCCAGACAUCCCUGUGCUCCAGGGCCUGAACCUCCAGGUGAAGAAGGGCCAGACCCUGGCCCUGGUGGGCAGCAGUGGCUGCGGGAAGAGCACGGUGGUGCAGCUCAUUGAGCGGUUCUACGAUCCCAAGGCUGGGACAGUGGUAAUUGAUGACAGAGACAUAAAGGAACUGAAUGUGCAGUGGCUGCGAGCCCACAUGGGUAUUGUGUCUCAGGAGCCCAUCCUGUUUGACUGCAGCAUUGGUGAGAACAUCGCCUAUGGUGACAACAGCCGGGUCGUGUCACAGGAGGAGAUUAUGAGGGCAGCCAAGGAGGCCAACAUACACCCCUUCAUCGAGACUCUGCCUAACAAAUAUGACACCAAAGUAGGAGACAAAGGCACUCAGCUCUCAGGUGGCCAGAAGCAGCGUAUCGCCAUCGCUCGUGCCCUUGUCAGACAGCCUCAUAUUUUACUUUUGGAUGAAGCUACAUCUGCUCUGGAUACAGAAAGUGAAAAGGUUGUCCAAGAGGCCCUGGACAAAGCCAGAGAAGGGCGCACCUGCAUCGUGAUUGCUCACCGGCUUUCCACCAUCCAGAGCGCGGACCUCAUCGUGGUGUUUCAGAACGGCAAGGUCAAGGAGCAAGGCACACACCAGCAGCUGCUGGCGCAAAAGGGCAUCUACUUCACCAUGGUCAAUGUUCAGACUGGAGGAAAGCGUUCCACAGCUAAGGCCCCAUGA